AUGAGCGGCUAUUCAGGGCAGCAGAAAGAAGCGGCAGACCUUGCCGCCUGCCUGGUACGCACAAGUCCGCUCUCGAGAAUCAACGAAAGCAUUGCGCACGCCAGUAAGAGAGCCGAGGCUCUUGAGCCUUGUGUGCUGUUCCUUCUUGCAGCGGCUCUCUGCCCUGCAGUCGAGAAUCUGCUCAAGGAGAAGUAUCAGGGUUUGCCGGAGCUGAUCAUUGAUCCGGAGGUGGGAAAGUAUUUCAUCGCGACGCCGUUCAACAAGCUGAAAGCUAGCUUUCGCAGUCCUUGGACAGAUGCGUGGCUUCCGCCCAUACCCGAGGCUGCGAAGCCGGCUCCUCACUUGCGCCAGCUAGAGGCGCAGUUCAAUGCGGCUUACGACGCUUACAGAGACGCGCAUUACGGCAGCGGCGUAUCAUCGGUGUAUGUAUGGCCGCUUCAGAAUCACGAUGGCUUUGCUGCUGCCUUCCUGCUUCUCAAAGAGGUUGCCGUGGAUGAAGCUGUGCGCCCUCUUUGCUUCUUUUCACAUCGUCUUGAAGUGACACUAACGGCUACUAAUGCGCAUUAUCGCGCCUCUUCGCAUCUCCUGCUGCUCGUUCCCUGUGAAGGAGACGCUUCUCUCAAGGGAGGCGUCUCUACCCUCCUUUCCCGUAGCGUAGAGCAGACUCAGAAGGUGCAGGAUGCGAGAGCAGCAGCUACCGCAGGAUCGGGAGCACCCAUGGGGCCCCAGCACCUGGCGGUAGGGGGCCCCCUUAUUGAGAGAAACGAAGCGGCACUGCUGGAUGCUGCUGGCGAGACGCGUGCAUGCUGUAGCGAGGCUGCUGCUGCGGCUGGUGCGGCAGACUAUCCGAGACUUACGUUCUUCGCAAGAGCCAAACCAGAUGAAAAUUUGGGGGAUAAACGGGCAUGGCGAGCCACGACGUGUGCGAGAGACUUUCUUUGUGGGGGGGUGGGGCCCUGUGGAUGUGCUGUGCCUUUACCAAGGACGAGAACCGAAAAAAUCCUGUAA